AGUAGCAAGCAGUAGCGGGCGACAGAUCUGGCAAAAGAGAACUAGUGGUAAAGGGAGCUGAUGGAGGGGUGGCGGAAGGGGUAGAGGGCAGGGGACGGCCGGUAGACAGAGGUGUGGCUCGGAGGUCCCGGGUGGUUUUUCGCACUUCCGCUCUUGUGUUGGUCCCACAACCCCUGGCUACGCGAGGCUAGGGUUUAUUAGACAGUCAGUUGUGGGGUUCAGAGGAUCAGCAAUCAAUCCUCCGAAUCCAGAGAUUCAGUGCCUUGUCAGUAUCCAUACUCAGGGGGUUGGUAGGUUCGGUAUUUGGGAUGCCAAAGGAGUCUAUCUUUUGAUUCAAGGUUCAUCAGCCAGAGGUUUAGGUUGUAUUGCCAUCAUGCUCAAAGCUGUGAUCCUGAUUGGAGGCCCUCAAAAGGGGACUCGCUUCAGGCCUUUGUCUUUUGAGGUGCCCAAACCCCUAUUCCCUGUGGCGGGGGUCCCUAUGAUCCAGCACCACAUUGAAGCUUGCGCCCAGGUCCCUGGGAUGCAGGAGAUUCUGCUCAUUGGCUUCUACCAACCUGAUGAGCCUCUUACCCGGUUCCUGGAAGCUGCCCAGCAGGAGUUUCACCUUCCCAUCAGGUACUUGCAGGAAUUUGCCCCUCUGGGCACAGGUGGUGGUCUCUACCAUUUCCGGGACCAGAUUCUGGCUGGAGGCCCCGAGGCCUUCUUCGUGCUCAACGCUGACGUCUGCUCCGACUUCCCCUUGAGCGCUAUGUUGGAUGCCCACAGACACCAGCCUCACCCUUUCUUGCUCCUUGGCACCACGGCUAACAGGACACAAUCCCUCAACUAUGGCUGCAUUGUAGAGAAUCCACAGACGCAUGAGGUCCUGCACUAUGUGGAGAAACCCAGCACGUUUGUCAGUGACAUCAUCAACUGCGGCAUCUACCUCUUUUCCCCAGAAGCCCUGAAGCCCCUCGGGGAUGUCUUCCAGCGUAAUCAGCAGGAUGGGCAACUGGAGGACUGUUCAGGCUUGUGGCCCGGGGCAGGUACCAUCCGCCUGGAGCAGGAUGUGUUCUCAGCCCUGGCUGGGCAGGGCCAGAUCUACGUGCACCUCACUGAUGGUAUCUGGAGCCAGAUCAAAUCUGCAGGCUCAGCCCUUUACGCCUCCCGCCUCUAUCUGAGCCAGUACCAGAUCACUCACCCAGAACGCCUGGCCAAGCACACUCCAGGGGGUCCACGAAUUCGAGGAAACGUUUAUAUCCACCCAACAGCUAAGGUGGCCCCAUCUGCUGUGCUGGGCCCAAACGUCUCCAUCGGGGAAGGGGUGACUGUGGGCGAGGGUGUGAGGCUCCGAGAGAGCAUUGUCCUCCAUGGAGCCACACUGCAGGAACACACGUGUGUGCUACACAGCAUUGUGGGCUGGGGGAGCACUGUGGGUCGCUGGGCCCGCGUGGAGGGUACCCCCAACGAUCCCAAUCCCAAUGACCCCCGAGCCCACAUGGACAGUGAGAGCCUCUUCAAAGAUGGGAAGCUGCUGCCCGCCAUCACCAUCCUAGGCUGCCGCGUCCGGAUCCCUGCCGAGGUGCUCAUCCUGAACUCGAUUGUUCUGCCACACAAGGAGCUGAGCCGCAGCUUCACCAACCAGAUCAUCCUCUGAGUGGGGCUGCCAGAGGGCCCCCCCAACUCCUAUCUGCUCCCCUGAGGCUGCAGCCUGCUCAGCCAGCCUCUGUCCAGGAGGGACUGGAGGAAACCAGGCAGGCGCUCCACACUCAAGGCGGGCAACGUGGGUGGCCGGGGGACUCCUGGCCUCCGUCUCCACUCCCUAAUAAACCCGGGUGAACCUUGGAGCCA